CUUUCAUUUUUCAGGAAAAUAAGAUUGGGUGUUGACAGACAUAACAACCUAUGUUGACAGUAGACAAGUUGUAAAGUUUACACGAUAGACACACAGAACCUUAGACGUUAUUCUGUAAUACUUACCAAUUCACCUUUCCAUUCUGCAAUAUUGUUUUAUUGAGCUUGUUCAAGACAAGUGUUUAUCUUGCGGAACUGACGACUUCAAAACCUUACUGACAAUGUCUCAAGAUAAUCCUGACAAGCAGAGCGAGGUCAAGACCAAAAAUAAAAGUAAAUCAAAGGUAACGGAAAAAGUUAAACCUCCAUCCAACAAUGACAUUGAUCUUCUGCUCAUUGGAAAAACCGGAAACGGAAAAAGUGCAACCGGAAAUACAAUUCUUGGUCGCCCAGUGUUUCAAAGUGAGCCUUCGUUCGUUUCGGUGACCAAAGAAAUCGAAUACGAAGUUUGUGAAUAUAAAAAUCGUAAGAUAAAAGUCGUGGAUGGACCUGGAGUCGGUGACACACAUCACAUUGAUGACGUGGAAAAGGCCACACAUCUUGUGAUGGAAAAAAUGCAGGAUGCCGUAACCUUGAACCCUGAUGGCUAUCACGCGUUUCUCCUCGUUAUUAAAUUUGGCAAUCGUAUAACUGCAGAAGAUAAAGAGUGUAUUCGAAUCCUAAAAGCAAUAUUCGGAGAAUCGUUUAUCAAGAAUUAUUGCAUACUAACUGUCACUAACGGUGAUAACUUUGCCAUAUUAAAAAAAAAGACUGGAAAAACUUUUAAAACUUGGUGCGUGGAACAGGAAGGGCCAUUUCACGAGCUAUUUUUAGAAUGCAAUAAAAGAGUCAUUUUGUUUGACAACGAGGGAAAGGAUCAUAAAGUAAGAAAGAAACAAAUGACAAAACUGAUUCAGACUGUAGACGAGAUGCAGCACAAAGGGAGGCGAUACAGCAACGAACAUUUUCAAAUGGCGUAUGCAAGCCGAGGUCAACUGAUGGUGCGUGUUAAAGAGCCUCUAAUUAAGCAAGACGCUGUGGAAAAAAUCAGCCUCUUUAUGGAAAGAAAGAAAAGCAUAAAGGACAAAGAGCUAGAAAUUCAGCUGGUCGAGUUUACAAGUUUGAAAUCUGAAGUCGAAGCACUAAAACUUGAGCUCAAGGAAAAAGAUAAUGAUUCUGGGGUGCUCAAGGAGCUGAUGACAUCCAUAAGCAUACUUCUGGAUGUAUUGGACGACAACAUUUAUCAAGUAACUGACCUUCUCAAAAAUAAAGCAGAAGUUACUAAAAGUAAGGAAGAAGCUAAAAAAAUGAUGUUUGAACUAGAUGCCAUUGAAGAUGAAAUGAGAUCUUAUUUAGAGAAAGUGUUUCUUGAAAAAGGAAAUUACAACGAGAAAAUUGAUAAAUUAGAAGAAUCCAUUCGAGAGGAAGAAAAACAAUAUGAAAAUGAUUUUAGAUACCAAGGUACGAGACUCAAAAAGGAGAUGGUCAAAAAGAGAAACGACUUGAAGAAGCGAGAAAAAGAAGAAGCUGAUCUUAUUGAUGAGCAAUUAGCAAAAGCGAUUUCCCAAUAUGAUAAAGAUAAACUAUUGAAACAGAAAGCGAACAUUAAAAAUCAGUAUGAGGAAAACUUUCAAGAAUUAGCAGCGAUUGUAAAAAAUAAGGAGGAAAAUUUAACAAAACAAAAAGAAAAAGUUGUUCGUAGACUCCAAGAAAAAAGAAAAACUCUGGAGGGCAUGAAGCAGGAGGUCAGAGAGGACGCCAUCAAGAAACUGACGGAAAAGUUUGCGAACGAAAGACAGAAAGAAAUCUUAAGUCAUAUAAAACAGAUGGAAGCCCUGAUAGAAAACUUUGACCUGAAGAUGCAGGACUUCUCCAAGAGGAACAGCAACAAAGACAAUGAAAUUCUGGACCUGUACAUUGAGGCAAAAGAAAAUUACCAUAACGAUUUGAAAAAAAAAAGUGCCUGUUUAAUUAUGUAGAAAACAAUUCUCUAAACAUAAAAUUGUCGUCUCUUAUAUAUUUGAUUUCUAUCGUGAGCACGGCAUUAUGAUUUAUUGCUACUUUUUAAUACCUCUAUUCAGUUAAGAACUUCAUGGAAGCUGGAGGGUGGAGCCUGGACGCUGAUCUUAAAAACGGCUCUAUCGAUUUUCCUAGAAAUUUAAUAGUUGAAGCUUAUCACUGAGAAAAAAAAUUACUACCUUGUUUGAACAUUGAAAAAAACCUAGUUUGUCCGUAAUAAUUUUUCAAAGUAAAAAAAAAAAAGAAAUGUAAAUUUGGCUAGAGAAAUAGAUCUAGAUUCAACAUCUGUUUAGGAAGGACUAUUGCGUUCGGGAAUGUACGAAUUUAAGGCAUUACUGAGUCAAGAGUUCAGUAAAACUUUUAAAUCCAAAGGCCUAUUAUUGGAAUAUUACAAAGUAUAGUAGAUGUAUACAUUCGGGUUGAAAAGGGGGCGGGUACAAAAUGUUCCUUUUUUUUUAUCAAACAGUCAUUAGCUACUAAGAGAAAAACAAACGCUCCAUAAACUGUAUAAAGGAAGUAUUGUCUUUAAAAAAAAAAAGUAUUUUUAAUGUUUUUUCUUAUUUAAAGCUAGAUCUAGUAAGUCAGAGACUCUAAGUUAAUUGUAGUUCUUUGAAUUUUACAAGGUCUAAAGCAGCGGUUCUCAACCUUUUAUGCUCGGCGAUCCCUUUUUACAAUCCCUCACUCUACCUCGGCCCCCCCCACACACACACACAUACAAUAGAAGAAUAGACAAUAAAAAUCCAUAUUUUCGAUGGUCUUAGGCGACCCCUGGCAAAAUCGUCAAUAGACCCCCAAGGGGGUCGCGACCCACAGGUUAAGAACCCCUGGUCUAAAGAAACACACAAACUCAUAUGCGAUCUCCGAAAGCUUGACCCAUGGGUCAUCUGUUUGGGAAACAAUGCAGGGGGAAGUUUCAAUAGAUAUCGUUAAAGUUAGGAGGUCCAGAGUAUCAAAAAAAACCAAAAUCCUCCCUUCCUCCAAAUAAAAUGUGAGCUGGGCAAAAGUGUUGCCAACUUGAUUAUUUUGUUUGUCCGCCUGACGUUGUUAUGGUCAGUAUUACAUUAUUAAUAUUUAUAAGGAAUCAAUGGACGGAUUGUUUUAAAGAGGUUCGGUCGGAAACUGGCCCUAAUGUUUCUCUAAUAAAUGGUUGAUCUAAGAACUAGGGACUGGUGAAGGGCCAAUUAAUGGACUUUAGAAAAGUUCUGUAUGGCGAUCUAAUUGAAGGCAGGAGAGCCGCUGGUCGCCCACUUUUACGUUAUACGGAUGUAUGCAAACGCGACAUGAAGCUCUUCAAAAUCGACACUGGCAACUGGGAAGAGGUGGCACUGGACAGAUCCACAUGGAGAGAGAGCAUAAAGGAAGGGUCACAGAUUGCAGAUGUCAUACACAACAGAAGCAGAAAGAAGGGUGAAAAUGCAAUGGCGCCUGGUGAUUUUAUAUGCCCAACCUGUGAUCGCAGCUGUGUAUCAAGGAUUGGCCUCUUUAGUCACACAAGAAGUUGCAAAGGGAAAAGAUCGUCUCGCGAGACGUAAAAUGCCACAGAGAGAGAAAAGUUCUGACCUUUGUUCAAGUGUCUAAAAGACUUGUAAUCAUUGUAGAGCUAGCAGCACCGAUAGUUAAUAACAUUCAGCACAACUUAUUAAAUCGUGUUAUAAAACUGCUUACAAUUAUGUAAUAAUAAUAAUAAUAAUAAUAAUAAUAAUUUUAUUUAUAAAGCGCUGUUAACAAACAAAAUGUAGGCUCAAGGCGCUGUAAUAUUACAAACACAAACACGAGACCUAAAAUGACAAACUUAUCUAAAAAAAAAGUUUUAAACUGGUAGGUCUUAAUGUUCAUCUUGAAAUAGUAUAGCAUGUUGUCUGUCUGAGAUCAAUGGGGAGUGAGUUCCAAAAAUACUUGAAUACUUGACAACGUCAUGUGUUUCUAAAUAUAAGCAAUUAUUAAACAGUUUUGCUUUCAUUUUCGUUUCUCCGUGUUUUUCUAGAUCCUCCAAUUUUGGUACACCGGAUUCUCAGAGCAUAUUUGUGUAUAUUGUCAAUGUGUAUCUAAGACCUAAGCUUUUUAAUGAAAUAUUGAUGUCAUAGCAUAACAUCGUUUGUUCUAAUACAACCUAUAACGAAUUUUUUUAAAAAUCAGAUUAUAAUCACGAAAAGUAUUUUUCAACACUAAUUAAUCAACAGAUAAUUAAAAAAUUGUAUUUCUUUAAAUGUCUUGCUAUUAAGAAAUAAAACUGUCAAUGUAAAGUAUAAGCUAUUUUUUAAAGUUAAAUUAAAUGUGAAUAGGCAGGAAUUUUCUCAACAGCAAUAGUUCCCUUCAACACCAAAAAAAUAGCUUCUUUUUUACUUGUAUCAUUCUUUGUUACCGCGUUACUGAAAUUGUUGAAUACCGUAGUUAGUAUUGUCAUCGGGUCAUAUAUUACAAAGAGGGCAGCAAUGACAGUGCAGUGUGUAUAGCUUACAUAGCUUUCUACAUAGUUUUUUUUUUUUUACAACAUAUCUAGACAAGUUUCAACUUCAAACAUACAACAUUACAAGUGAACCAGACAAUUGGCCAUAUAAGCGACAUAUAUCUGUCAGACAUGCAAACAAACCAUCACUUGUCCUCCUCGAUACAGAACAACAUCGGACAGAGAAGUUCACUUAAGACUAUUUUGUGUGUGUGUCUUUUUUUUUUUUUUGUUUUGCAGCUGACGAAGGCCUCGUGGCCCUAACGUCAUUUGUUUUACUUGAUCCCUCGAGGUCACACAUAUGCAUGUUUGUUGAAUCUUUCUAGACAUUUACCUCUGCAGAAGUAUAUCUUUGUUUUUUGUAUGCUAUGAACAUAGCAAAGACCUUGGGUAUUAAUUGGAAAUUAAAUUUUGAUGAUAGGCUCUUUGGAAUUUCUUGUAAAGUGAAAAUUAAGAAUUAGAAAAUUUUCUUAAGUUAUGUUAAUGUUCUAUUUUAUAACUUCUAAUUUUUUUUUCCUUUUUAAAAUCUGUAUGUUAGCACAUUACAAUUAUUUACAAUCACUACUAUUCAGUUAAUUUGAAAUAAAAGUUGUUUCCAGAUAUAGAA